AUGGGGGAUCCACGGUCACUCCUUGGAUCUAUAACUGCGUUGACAUGUUGCGGAUUGGGCUUGGUCUCUGCAUCUGAAGAUUGCACUGCCUGCCUUUGGGAUGUUGUCAAUUGUGUAAUCAUUCGAAGAUUCAACCACCUAAAAGGUUUCAUAACUAAUUUGGUUGUGAUCCCACAAUUGUCACUGUUUCCUAGGAUGAACCAUAAUCAUAAAACCUUUAACCAGUUCAGAGUUUCUGUGCUUGAUAAGUAUCCUAAGCCAGCCAACUCAUCUGAAGGAGUACUUACUUACCUACCUUCAAGUUCUUCUAGGGAUGAAGGUCAUUGUAUUGCCUCUGAAUUUCGAACCACCGAUUUAUUGAAACAACAGAUCCUUGAGUUGGAGACUGGGGAGACAACUGCAGCUAUGGAAAUGAUGAUGGAAACAAGGCUGGAGAGUGAAGCUUGGGCCACAAGAAUGGGAAAACAUGUGAUGGAGAUGAACAAGCAUUUGCAGUCGCGAUUACUCGAUAUGAUACAAUGUCGACUAUUGCAGCAACCUUCCAAUGUUGGCUUAACCACAGUUAGGAGGAAGAGAAAGAUUACCAACGUUGUUGAACAAGGGAAGGAGCACCAACACCAUCCAGAGUCACAAGGUUCUUAA